AAACCCUACUCGGCAGUAACCGUGCAGGUCGAGGUGCUCACGAGCGAGCAAUAUGAGGAAGACGACCCAGCGGGUAUUGUUGAUCUGAUCGAAGUCAUUCGCAUCCAAGCCAGCGGCCCGACCGAAGCCAGUCGAGCCCUGCGCAAGAAGCUGAAAUACGGCAAUCUCCACCGCCAACUCCGUGCGCUCACGAUCCUCGACUUUCUGAUCCAGAAUGCGGGGGACCGGUUCCUUCGCGAAUUUGCCGAUGAGCCAUUGCUCGAACGCCUUCGUAUUGCGGCCACCGACUCUGUUUCCGACCCGCUCGUCAAGCGGAAAUGCCAGCAGCUCUUUGGACAAUGGGCUGCAUCCUUCAAGGAUAAACGGGGCAUGGAGAAGAUUGGUGCGCUGUACCAGCAGCUUCCGAAGCGGAAACAGCCAGCCAAUCAAGCCAAGGCAAAAGUGCUCCGCGAAGGAGCAAACACGAACAAUGACCAGCCUAUGGGGCACAGAGUGUCUGUAUCCACUGGAAGUGGCCCGGCCAGAGAAUUGGCCAGCCCGAAGCCAAAGUCCAGCAGCAAGCCUAAGAAGGACAAGAAAGAGAGGAGACUCACCCAGACUGGUUCGUUUAAUCUGGAGAAGGAGAGGCCGGAGAUCGUGCAGACUCUAGCGUCUGUCGCCGUCGCGAGCACCAAUUUAUUGAAUUCGCUCAAAUUGGUGAAUCGCGAGACGACGCGGGUUAGCGAGGAUGCGGAGUGUAUCAACCGGUUCGACAAGUGCAAGCAUCUUCGGCGCCAAAUUCUGCGGUACAUCCAACACAUCGAGAGCGAAGAGUUCCUCGGGGGGUUGAUCCAUGCCAACGACGAAUUGGUGAAUGCUCUGAUGGCGUUCGAGGUGCUGGACAAGAGCGUGGAUUACGACAGCGAUAGUGAUGAUGAGUCGAUGCAUGCUUAUUUGAAACACCAGUGGGGACACGAGGAUGAUAAAGUGAACCAAGGCUUGUCUGGACUGAGCGUCAAUCCUCCCAAGCCACCGCGACCCAAGCAGCCUGCGACGAGCUCGUCUCAGCAUCCGUUACAAGAACUGGAGAGCGAGAGUGAGCCGGAGGUGGAGGAUGAUGACGAGAAUAACCCGUUCGGAGAUCGGAAUGCAAUUAAGACUCCGGCGGUUGAGAAGUCGGGUUAUAGCUGGUACCGUCCACCUCUCGAUUGCUUGAACUAUAAAACUGACAACUACACAGGAAAGAGGUUUGACGAAGGACUCGGAUUGUGA